CCAGACGCGAUCCCCGGGUCUUCCGAGCGCGCUGGUCGCCCGGCGCCCUGCGCCAUGGCCUCGGUGCCCCACGCGGCGGGGUGCUUGGCCUUCCGCCUGGCGGACGGCUUCGCCCGGAACGCGCUCUUCGCCAACCAGAUCAUCCUCUUCCAGUCCCUGGGCGGCUUCGGCGCCAAUGGCGCCCAGCGGGCCGCCAAGUUUCUGUCCGCCACCUGCUCCGUUGCGCCCUUCGUGCUGGGCGCCUGGCAGCAGCGCGUCGGCGCGCCGCUGCCGCGCAUGGUCCUCAUCGGGUGCUUCUUGGAAGUACUGGUCACCAUCUUGAUUGCGCUGGCAGCGUCGCAGCACCUGCUGUUGCACGGCCAGUCCCUGGUGUGUUGCACCAUGCUGACCUAUGCCCUCGGCUAUGGCGCCGUGACCAGCGCGAUGCCCGUGCUGACCAGGAAAGCCGCGCCCGAGGGCGCCUGCCGCACUGGGCUCAUGCAGGCCUUCGUGGGUUGCCUCUCCUUCGGGGCCAUGGCGGGCAUCGGAGCUGCGGCCUGGGCGGAGAGUUACCGCCGCGACCACUGGGCGCUGCUCAGCGGCGCCUUGGCGCUGCUGCUGGGCGCCUGCUGCCUGCCGCCGCGAGGCAUGCCGCUCGCCUGGGCCAGGUGUGUCCUGCGGUUCACGCUGGGCCUGAAGCCCGAAAAGCUGUUGCUGUGGGAGAUGCAAGAAAAAGAGGAGCGGCUGCUAGAUCCAGAGCCCACGGACGCCCGCGCUCUGCCGCAGUUGGUGCUGCCUCUGUUGUUGCUGGUCCCGUUUUAUGCCGCCGGCGUCCAGUGGACGACGUCCUGGUAUGUGCUGACGCUGUACUUGGACAGGCGCGUGGGAGGCUUCCUGGUGCCCGCGUGCCUGCUGCAAGGCUUCGAGCGCCUGGUGAGCCUCGCGGCGCUCGGGGCGCUGCUGCGAACCACCUCAGUUCUGAAGUUGGGGCCGGCCAGCCGCCUGGCCUUCGGCUCGCUGCUGGCGGCGGCGGCGAUGUUCGCGGCGGCGCUGGCGGAGGCGGCGCGCAGGGACUGGUGGCCCCGGCUGCCAGGUGAGCCCGACGUGUCUUCCUUGAGCGUGCUGUGGCUGCUGCCGCAGUUCGCCUUGAUUGCCACCGGCGAGGCCUUUGUCUACCCGGCCUGCGCCGAGUUCCUGUCCACGCCGGUGGCCUAUGGCUUCAGCUGCUUCCUGCAGGCGGCGGCGGUGGCGUUGCUGGGCCUGCUGCUGGGGCACUUGAAGGACUGGAUUCCGGAAUCUUCUCCAAACAACGGCCACUACGAUUUGUUCUUCAUUUCGAUUGGCAUCGCUUGCGUGAUUAGCGCCGGAGCUUUGCUUGCCGUGUCCAAGUGGAAGCACUGAGAUCCGCGG